UUUGCUUCUUGCUUUCGACAACAACAUUCGUUUAAUCGAUCAAAUUGUCGACGACGAUAGACGAAUAAUGAUUAAUUUUUUUAAAAAUUCUGAAAUAACGGGAAGAAAUUCUCUUCUUUUCUUUUCUUCAUUCUCUUCGUUGACGAAGAUCGAACUAAUCGGUUAAUUAAGGAGUUCGAUCAACGAAGAUGGAAUCGGAGUUGCUGCGGUGAAUCGAUCCGAGCGAAGGUGUUACGGGAUCGGUUUUUCUUUUCCGUUCUGUCGGUCUGCGGGGGAGGCCCGGCUGGAGACCGCCCGAGGACGUUGUUUCGUUGAAGUUUACACCGACUUCCGGGGAUACUUGGAGAGAGUUGAAUCGAUGGUGCGCGUUGCGGGAGGGAGUGAGAGGUACCCGCGCGAGAAAACAUCGGUGAAGUUGUAAUAAGAGGAAUUGAAAGACAGUACUCGAGGGUGAAGGAAGAGACGGAAUCCCAAGAGAGCCCGGGAUGACGAUCAAACCGUCGUCCAUGGUGACCGACUAUCUGGUCUUCGUCGGUUGCAUCGUUGCCUCGUUCGUGAUACCGUUAUGGGGGAAGUUUCGUGGCAGGCGGAAGGAGACGACCAAGGCCGAUUACGUGUUCGCAACGGGUACCGUAUCUAUGGGCGCCAUGAUGCUGUCAAUCGCGCGUGGCACGCUUGGCGUCAGAUCCUUUCUAGGUUAUCCGUCGGAGCUGUACUAUAGAGGGAGCGCCAUGUGGGAGGUCAUCUACGGUAUGAUGCUCGCGUAUCCCAUCGUGUGCUUCAUCUUCGUCCCGGUUUACUACAGCCUCGGGAUCACGUCCGUCUAUCAGUAUCUAGAUAUGAGGUUCAAGUCGAAGCUAGUCAGAUGCCUCGCAAGCUUCUCCUACGUGAUACGAAGCCUGCUGAACUUGGCCGUCACGAUAUUCACGCCUUGCGUAGCUCUUAAGGCUGUGAUUGGCUUGCCUUACUGGACCAGUAUAGUUGGUAUUACAUCUAUAUCUGUCGUCUUUUCAAUUAUGGGAGGACUGAAAGCGGCCAUCCUCUCAGACGUUAUACAAGGUUUGACCAUGAUCGGUGUCUCGCUCGUGAUAAUCGUGAGAGGCUCCGCUGAUAUCGGCCCCAGUCAAAUUUUAAACGUGACGUAUGAACGUGGCCGAUUGGAUUUUUUCGAUAUGAAUUUCGAUCCCACACUUAGAGUGACGACUCUGUCGGCAACUCUGGGUCAAUUAUUCAUGAGCCUGUCCAUCUUCGGUUGUCAGCAGAACUUCGUGCAGAGAUAUUGUAGCAUGACUAGCGAGAGGAAAGUGAUCAAGACUAUGUUGGCCAACAUCCCUAUAAUCUUCGUCCUGUUCUCCCUCUCCUGGGUGGUUGGAAUGGUAAUCUUCGCCAACUACGCGGACUGCGACCCCCUGUCGCUGGGAUACAUCUCAAAAUUCGACGAGAUCGUGCCGUUCUACGUGGAAGAUAAAUUCCUCAACUUUCCAGGCUUAUUGGGCCUCGUAAUGGCUACCUUGUUCAACAGCGCCCUCACCAUGGCUAUGUCUAAUCUGAACUCUCUCGCCACGGUCACGUUCGAGGACUUCUUCGGUCAAAUACCCUCGAUGAAGAACUUGAAAGAUAAGCAACAGUUGCACCUGAUCAAGCUGAUCAGCGUUAUCUACGGUAUACUGAUAAUAGGAGUGAGCUUCCUCAUCGCAAUGCUAUCGGGAGUGAUCGAGUCGUCCAUGCUGAUGACGUCGGCCACCUCCGGCCCCCUGCUCGGCGUUUUUCUACUGGCCAUGCUCGUUCCUUGCGCCAACUGGAAGGGUGCCGCGGCCGGGAUGAUCUUCAGCCACGUGACCACUUUAUGGAUCACGUUCGGCCACCUGACGGUCAGCAACAACGUGGAAACGUUACCUCUGUCAACCGAGAACUGUCAGAACGACACGUUCUCCCCUUGGAUCACCAAACCAGCCAGCAUACCUUAUCUCACGGCCAAUAACUCGUACGAAAAUGGACCGUUGCUUAGGAACGGAACUGACGAGGAAAUGGCGGGUAUAGGCCCUAUCGAGUUCUUGUACAGCAUCACGUAUAUGUAUUACGCGUUCAUAGGAAGCAUGUCGACGGUGAUCGUCGGUGUUAUCGUGAGCUUGGUGACAGCCGACCCGAAAGGAGACAUGUACGAGGAGCAUCUCCUUCACCCUCUCGCGGUGAAGAUCUCCAGAUUCUUCCCGGGAAGGCGGAGAUUAUACGCGAGCAGCACGCGGUUGCAGAACGAGCAGAACGGGGCGAACGCGACUUCCUCGUCCUCGGUGACCUCGAUCGCGAAUGGCGUGGAAAAGACUGCCACUCUUCAGGGGGUCGUCGAUGAUGGCGGGAACCUUCGUAUCGACGUCGGUUACAUAGAGAAGCUGAACGCCCUCAAGAACGUCUCGCUCGACGUGACCAACGAGGUCAACAAAGGGACGAGGCUUUGAGGAGGCUCUGAUAUUCUUCGUUCCGAGUAGAGAUCACCGGAGUCUCGAAGAUUUGUCCGAGAACCGAGGCUGAUUCCAAAAUAUUUCAUAUCCGAGUGUCCAACGUUAACUAACUUAUCUGGGUGAUAUUCUUUCUUUUUUAAUUUCGUCGAUCGAGGUCCUAUGUUGGUAGUAUUACAGGCGAUGAUGCUGAAAUGUAAUCUUUUUAGUAAUAGUUUUCAUCGAUUUCGUAUAGAAGUUUUCACGUAUAUCUUUAAUUUUUAUAUUCAGAAUUGGCGAGCGAGCGAUUUUACAGGGUAGACGGUAGUACAAAGUCGUAGGCUUCGCUGAGCCACGCGUUGAGACGCAUACGCGUGAUUACUUGGCCUUACCACCGUACACUUAAUCAGAGUAAUUAUGUUAAGUAGAGAUUCCAAGAAGAAUUAGUGUCUCGGUAUCGAGAACUGAAAUCCGGUUCAUGCGAACGAGUCAGCUUUCUGUAAUUGCAGAUUAAAAACGAUGGCAUUUAUCAGUGCACGUAGAACUGCAGCUACUUUGUUGAUUCGAUUGUCUCAUCGUGUCUCAUCAUGUCUCAUCAUGUCUCUCCUUAUCUUAGAGAUUAUCUUGAUUGUUUCACAUUGUUUUUCGACUGACGAGUUUCACUUUGAUUCACGCGAACUUCGUACAUUUAAUGUAGUUCCAUGUAAAAAUAUAUAUAUAUAUAUGUAAUACUUCGUGGAAACAGCCAGUCAUUUGCGAAUUUCGAUUCGCAAAUUUGCCACAAGAACUCUGUACGUUAUACGUACACACGCAUGUAAUACUCAUUGUCUCAAGUCAGGAACGGAAUCGUGGAUUGUUUGUGAUAUUCGUUUAGAAAAUUCGAUUAUAUUUGGACGAAAAUUUAAGACGUAAUCAAGAUUUUAAAAGAAUUUAGACAAAUUUUGAUUCAAUCUGUAAAUACCGCGAUGAAUAUCUUUUUGUACAUAUCAAUUUUCAUUUUUGUUUUAAUUUUUAUUUUUAAAUUUUCUAUUCCUAUUUCGUCGAAAUAUAUUAUGUAACAAUAAUACGAGAAAUGUUCCUUAUUCGCGUUUGAUUAUAGACGAGGGAAAGUGAUCUUUGACAUUUGAUAUAGAAACGCUUUCACCGGUGGCUUUCGUCUCUCCGAUUCCGUUCCUGCAUUAGUUUGUAACGAAAGUAUUGAAUCGUGAUAAGAUUGUGAGAUAUCAAGCGGAUGUUAAUGCGUCCGUUGCGCAAGAUUUCUUAAAGGUAUGAGUUUACGUUUUGCGACAAGUAUGAUUCACUAUGCAAAUGAAAGAGGCGUGUGAUGACAGAGCGCGAGUACUAUUCGCGUAAAUUGUACAUUGAGUGUGCCUCCGUUACUCGCGGAGCUUCGUCUCUACGUUAUUGUAAGUUUUAUAUGUCAUAGAUUACGUUAUUUUUGUAACAUAUAGAUAUAACAAAUAUAAUUGCGUUAGAUAUAUGUAUAUCAAGUAUCGAAUAGAUCUGUACGAAAUAUUGUGAA